AAAACAGAUUCUAUUAAGAAGAGAAGACACUCAAGAGUUUUUCUUUUCAUAAGUCAAAUUGUCUUAUUAAUAGGCACCACAUAAUAUGUACCCAAUACUAUCUGUACCUAUUGAAAAUAAUUAGGUAUAUUUUUGAUAUUUUUGAGAUUCAUUGAGUCAGAAGUUUGAAGAUCAGUUAUUUCACCAAGGAACUCUAAUUUAAUUAUUGUCAAUUUGACUAUGACUCACACUUUCCAUGUAUUCAUCAACACCUGCAUUCGCGUAAGUACCUCGCUUCAGUUACCAGUGGUUCUGGUCGUAGCCACCAGGUCUUCGCAGUGGUGUUACAACACUGAUGCAUUUGUGAAUAUAUUCUGGCAAUUAGUCUGGACGCCGAACUGGCAAGAUGAAACGUCUUUUAGGAAUCCUACUGAUAGUAGGCUCAACUAUUGCAAAUCAUUUUAUAUCAUCAGAUGAUCUCCAAAAAGUGUUUGUGAGAUAUGUCAAGAACGAAGCAUCUGAAUAUGAUUUGCAAAUUGUCCAAGAUGCCAUUGCCAUCUAUUGGCCAGUGUCAAGCGCGCCGCAAAAUCAAAACAAAAGAAGACCUGGAGAAAGUGUUGACUGCCUAAUAUGCCGAAGCGCAUUCGGAGCACUUUUCGACCUAGUUCGUGAAGGAGCAUCCGACCAGACCCUGAUCGGAUCAGUAUCACAUUUAUGCGCCUCUCUCGGAUUCGUAACCCCACGAGCUUGCCGCGGUAUCAUUGAAUUGAAUAUCCCAAUCCUUACAUACAUAAUUAAAACGACACCACAAGCGUUACCGAGAACAUUUUGCGGUUUGGUGUUACAGCGUGGCGAUAAUCCUUCUUUCUGUCCUUAUGAUGAUCCCAGAUUUGAGUGGACCGUUAAUUUACCCAGACGCUCUAACAGAAGAAUAAAAAGAGAUUCCGAAUCUAAGAACACACCACUGACGAUAGCUGUCAUCUCAGAAGCACACAUAGAUCCACUGUACCAGCCGAACGGCGUGGCGGACUGUAACGAACCAACUUGCUGCAGGAAAGGACAAACGCCACGCACGCAUACAUACGAACUCACUGGAGAAUCUUUAAUCGAAGAUGGGGUUACUAGAAUAAACAACAAGGAGAUGCUCAACUUGGGUAUUGCAACCGAAGUUAGAAAUAGGACAAAAGUAAAGCAAGUAGAUAGAAGAAAUUCCCCACCCGCAGGAUUUUGGGGAGACUAUAGAAAUUGUGAUACGCCACUUUGGGCGUAUGAUGACGCUAUACAGAGGGUUGCUGCAGCGCAUAGGAAUAUAGAUCUGGUUUAUUACAUGGGAGACAGCAUCGAUCACCACGUGUGGGAGACAACUUAUGAGUUAAUAAACGAUGUAAACGCUCAUGUUAUCAACGAAAUGAGAAAAGAAUUUGGAAAUAAUGUUCUAGUUUUACCGUCUAUUGGAAACCACGAGUCACAGCCAACGAACCAAUUUGCACCAAAUACCGUCCGAGGCGAGAAACUGAACACAACUUGGCUCUACGAGGGUCUGGCUAGGAAGUGGGACUUCUAUCUAAGUGCCGAAGCCAAAGCGUCGGUGCGUGAGAGGGGCGCCUUUGCUAUGCGUGUCAGACCUGGACUGCGCGUCAUCUCUGUGAAUAACAACGUUGCCUUCAAAUCCAACUGGUGGCUGGUGUACGAUCCGUUAGACGCAAAGAGGCAUUUGGACUGGCUCGUCCGCGAGUUGCACAAAGCCGAGCUGGCGGGCGACAAGGUGCACAUUCUGGGGCACAUACCGCCCGGGGUUCACGACUUCACGUACACGUGGACUAGAGAGUACAACAGCAUCGUUACGAGAUUCGCGUCGACGAUCGCCGGCGAAUUCACCGGCCACACGCACGGCGACGAGUUCAAGAUAUUUUACAGCCUGGAGAACGGCCGCCCCAUCAGCGUGGCGUGGGGCGCGGGCAGCGUCACCUCCUACACCAACUACAACCUUAAUUACAAGAUAGCCACCGUCGACCCCAGGAGCUUCGAACCGACAAACUUCGUCAGCUACAUAUACAACCUAACGGAAGCGAACCUGACUCCAAACGUCCGUCCACGUUGGUUCCAGCUCUACGACCUUCGAUCCGCCUUCGGCCUACGAGACCUCUCCCCUGCAUCCAUGGACGCACUAGUUCGUAGAAUGGCCACGGAAAGAAAUCGACAUCUAAUAGGCCUAUAUUCCAAAUUUCUCUUAAAAAUGAGCGAUAGAAGAUGGCCGUAUUGCAAUGAUUGGUGCAAAAUUGAUAACCUAUGCAGAUCUGUGAUUACUGUUCUGUGGCGUCGUGAGAAAUGCGAUGAACUUCGACGGCUGUACUGGUUUUAAUAAAUUGUGUGACAAAAGAUCAUCAUAAUAAUUAAUAUCUUAGAAUUUGUCACUUCUGCUAUAAUUUGACUUUUGAUUGGCGAAUAAAUUAAAGGAAUUUAAAAACUUAA